ACAGAAAAGUGAGAAGCGACGAGCGGUCCAAAACAAAAAAAAACCAAAAAGUAAAUAUAAUUAAUGGUUUGUGACUCUCCUUUUGUAUCGAUGCCAAGCUCAGAAUUCUGACGGCGACGGAGAAUCAGCUUCUCACCCAUUAAAACGCAUUUUCCCUUAGACACACACUAAACCCAAACAAACAAACCCUAAACCUACGCCUCCAACAAUGCCUCAUUGCAUCUCUCAUCUCCACAAUCACAAACUCCCACUCUUCUCCUUCUCCAAUUCGCGUUACCGUAACGGUCACCGAAACCGUAUCUCCACACUCCUUUCUCCACUCACCCGAAACGACGCCGUUUCCACCACCUUCCGCACAUGCCUAACCAAAACCUCACUCAUUCGUUGUUCUCACAAACCUCUCUCCGCCGUCGCCAGCCCCGCCGUCGAAACUGCCACCAAAGUUGGCAAACGAACGGACAUAAAGAAGAUUCUCAUUCUCGGCGCGGGACCUAUUGUUAUCGGUCAAGCGUGCGAGUUCGAUUACUCUGGAACUCAAGCGUGCAAGGCUCUUAGAGAAGAAGGCUAUGAAGUUAUUCUCAUUAACUCGAACCCUGCUACCAUAAUGACCGAUCCAGAAAUGGCUGACCGCACCUACAUCACUCCCAUGACUCCUGAAUUGGUGGAGAAGGUUCUCGAAUCUGAGCGACCCGACGCUCUGCUUCCCACCAUGGGUGGCCAAACGGCGCUCAACCUCGCCGUCGCGCUCGCCGAGAGUGGGGCGCUUGAUAAGUAUGGUGUUGAACUCAUCGGAGCUAAGCUCGAUGCGAUUAAGAAAGCGGAGGACAGGGAAUUGUUCAAGCAGGCUAUGAAGAACAUAGGGAUUAAGACUCCUCCUUCUGGCAUUGGCACCUCGCUUGCUGAGUGCUUGAAAAUUGCGAAUGAUAUUGGUGAAUAUCCGUUGAUUGUUAGGCCGGCGUUCACUCUCGGCGGCACCGGGGGCGGAAUUGCGUAUAACAGGGAGGAUUUGGAGGAAAUUUGCAAGGCAGGGCUUGCUGCUAGUUUGACUAGUCAGGUUUUGAUUGAGAAGUCUUUGUUGGGAUGGAAGGAGUAUGAGCUUGAGGUUAUGAGGGAUUUGGCUGAUAACGUUGUUAUUAUUUGUUCUAUUGAGAAUAUUGAUCCUAUGGGGGUUCACACUGGGGAUUCAAUCACGGUUGCGCCGGCGCAGACUUUGACGGAUAAGGAGUAUCAGCGCCUCAGGGACUAUUCCAUUGCUAUAAUUAGGGAAAUUGGAGUGGAGUGUGGGGGUUCCAAUGUGCAGUUUGCUGUUAAUCCGGAGAAUGGCGAGGUGAUGGUGAUUGAGAUGAAUCCCAGAGUUUCGAGGUCUUCGGCUUUGGCUUCCAAGGCAACCGGAUUUCCUAUAGCGAAGAUGGCAGCGAAGUUGUCUGUUGGUUAUUCAUUGGAUCAAAUCCCUAAUGAUAUAACAAAGAAGACACCUGCUAGUUUUGAGCCCUCCAUUGAUUACGUGGUUACAAAGAUUCCUCGGUUUGCAUUUGAAAAGUUUCCUGGUUCUCAGCCAAUAUUGACAACACAGAUGAAAUCAGUUGGAGAGGCAAUGGCAGUAGGGCGAACCUUCCAAGAGUCAUUUCAGAAAGCAGUGCGCUCACUAGAGUAUGGCUACUCUGGAUGGGGGUGUGCUCAGGUGAAGGAGAUGAACUAUGACUGGGAGCAAUUGAAGUACAGCCUCCGAGUUCCUAACCCAGAGCGCAUCCAUGCUAUCUAUGCUGCGAUGAAGAGGGGGAUGCAAAUUGAUGAGAUCUUUGAGCUGAGUUAUAUUGACAAAUGGUUUCUCACGCAGCUCAAGGAGCUGGUUGAUGUGGAGAGUUUCUUGCUGUCUCAUAAUCUGUCUGACUUGACAGAUACUGAUUUCUAUGAGGUGAAGAGAAGAGGAUUUAGUGAUAAACAGAUAGCAUUUGCAACUAAAUCCACUGAGAAAGAAGUCCGAAGUAGGCGAAUAUCACUGGGCAUUACUCCAGCAUAUAAACGGGUUGAUACCUGUGCUGCAGAAUUUGAAGCUAAUACUCCUUACAUGUAUUCUUCUUAUGAUUUUGAGUGUGAAUCGGCUCCCACCACGAGAAAGAAGGUUUUAAUUUUAGGUGGAGGACCAAAUAGAAUCGGUCAAGGGAUCGAGUUUGACUACUGUUGUUGUCAUGCGUCCUUUGCUCUUCAGGAAGCAGGAUAUGAAACAGUCAUGGUGAACUCAAACCCCGAGACAGUCUCCACAGAUUAUGACACCAGUGAUCGUCUAUACUUUGAACCCUUGACUGUUGAAGAUGUUUUGAACAUUAUUGAUUUGGAAAGGCCUGAUGGUAUCAUUGUACAAUUUGGAGGUCAAACACCAUUGAAGUUAUCUCUCCCCCUACAACAAUACCUAGAUGAAAACAAGCCAGCAUGUGCUAGUGGGUUUGGUCAUGUAUGCAUAUGGGGAACAUCUCCUGAUUCCAUAGAUAUUGCCGAGGACAGAGAGAGGUUCAACGUGAUGCUUCAUAAACUAAAGAUUGAACACCCAAAAGGAGGAAUUGCUCGGAGUGAAACAGAUGCACUUGCCAUUGCAACAGAAAUUGGAUACCCAGUAGUUGUUCGCCCUUCUUAUGUUCUGGGCGGUCGAGCAAUGGAGAUUGUAUAUAGUGACGAUAAACUGGUGACUUACCUUGAAAAUGCUGUUGAGGUGGAUCCAGAGCGCCCUGUAUUAAUUGACAAGUAUUUGUCUGAUGCUUGUGAGAUUGAUGUUGAUGCACUGGCUGACUCACAAGGCAAUGUUGUAAUUGGUGGAAUAAUGGAGCACAUUGAGCAGGCUGGGAUACAUUCUGGUGACUCUGCCUGUUCUAUUCCCACUAGAACUGUACCAACUUCUUGUUUGGAGACAAUCAGAUCAUGGACGGAAAAUUUGGCUAAAGAACUGAAUGUUUGUGGGCUCAUGAAUUGUCAGUAUGCAAUAACUCCAUCGGGGCAGGUAUUUUUGCUUGAGGCCAAUCCUCGAGCUUCUCGUACAGUUCCAUUUGUAUCGAAAGCAAUUGGCCAUCCCUUGGCUAAAUAUGCUUCCCUUGUCAUGUCCGGAAAGUCUCUUCACGAUAUACAGUUUACAAAAGAGGUUAUUCCUAAAUAUGUGUCAGUCAAGGAAGCAGUUCUUCCUUUUUCAAAGUUCCCAGGCUGCGAUGUGUUUUUAAGUCCCGAGAUGCGAAGUACUGGUGAGGUCAUGGGUAUUGACCCUUCUUAUAACACUGCAUUUGCCAAGGCUCAAAUUGCUGCCGGCCAGAAGUUGCCACUUUCUGGUACCGUGUUCCUUAGCUUGAAUGACUUAACCAAGCCUCACCUUGAGAAGAUUGCAAAGGCUUUUAUUGAGGUUGGAUUUCAGAUUGUUGCUACAAGUGGAACAGCUUAUGUUCUUAACGUAGCUGAAAUCCCAGCAGAGCGGGUGCUGAAGCUGCAUGAAGGGAGGCCUCAUGCUGGUGACAUGAUAGCCAAUGGAGACAUUCAGCUGAUGGUGGUAACCAGUUCAGAUGAUGCACUUGAUCGGAUAGAUGGUCUGGCCUUGAGGCGGAUGGCUUUGGAUUACAAGGUUCCUAUUGUGACAACAGUUAAUGGAGCUCUGGCAACUGCUGAAGCCAUAAAGAGCUUGAAGGCCAACGCUAUCAAAAUGAUCGCUCUUCAGGACUUCAUUGAUGAUGAAGUUAAAGAAUGAGAGAAAUUUUGCAGACAACCUCUUUCUCUCUGAAUUGGUCGGGGGAUAGAUACCCGUAAGCACCCGUGGUUUUUCUGUCUUUGGUAUUGCUAUUUUAUGCUCUAGGUCUUUUUGCCUACCAAAACAUCAAUUCUUCCAUUUUUUUUAAAAAUUUGAGAUAAAUUAUUGGACAGUAUUUAGGAUGUGUGGCAUGAUUUGAGAUUAACACACAUUGGAUGGAUAAUUUUGGCAUAUGACAUGAGCUUAAAUAACCUUGUUAAAAUACUUCCAUACACAGCCCUAACGAACAACACUACAGAGAAAUCGGAACUUGCAUGCUUAUAAGAUUUACAAUAUUGAGUUAUUAGUAACGAUCGCUAUUCUUGUAUUUUCUUUAGAAUGAAACCUUCAUAAGUUGCAUCAUAUUCGAUCGUCUUGGAUUCCUAUCCUUCACCAAGCUUACCCGUAUCUUCAAAGGUUUUGUAUGUUGACUGUGCUUAAACUUGGGCUAUUGCAGAUUACCAUGAGCUUGUACUACUUGCUAGAUUUGGAAGAGGCAGGUAAAUUUCUAAGGUAUUCCUUCAUUUGUAGAGUGAAAGAGACAACAAAAGAUUUGAAAGGUCAUGUAGUCUGAGUCCUGACUCCUGAUGAAGCACUUGUGCUUUGUGUAAAAGUUUUUGUAGUACAUUGGAUUUCCACUGCUCAAUAAUUAUUCUAGUUU